AUGCGGAGAAUGGAACACAAGGAAGAUACGGAAGAACAACUCGGAAGAAAAACACAGCAGCAAAAGUACGCGAUUGGAGUCAAAGGACGAGUGGGACCGAUGAUUGACAUGUGCCCGUCUGACCCGCGAAGAAUUGCAUCAUAUUUCCAUCUCAUUGAAGGCGUGUUUGACAAGUUUCAAGUUGAGGACAGUUUGAAGGUUAAAAUAUUGCUAUCCAAAUUGGAUGUAAAAAUGAGGAAUGUGAUGAACGAACUAGAUAAUGAUAAGCGGUAUGAUUACGAGGUGGUGAAACGGCAAAUACUGCAACGAUGUCGUUUCUCUCCUAUGAAACUGCGGGACGAGUUUUUUGGAUCUAGGAAAGCGAAGGAUGAGACCUUUCCGGCAUUUGCUGCCAGAUUACAUAGUUGUCUCAGACUUUACUUCCAAAGCCGGCAAGCCGAAUCAUUUGACCGAGGGUUGUCACUUCUAGUGGCAGAUCGUAUGAAGGAACUGCUGCCGAAGAACUUAUUGGAUCAUAUUCUUACGCGAGAGAGUGAGGAUUGGUUUACACAUGACCAGAUGGCUGACAUACUGGAGCGCUAUGAAGCCAACAUGAAUAUGACCUGUUCCACCGCUCACGCGGCCGGGUAUAAGGUACGACCGAUGACGAAUCAGGAUAAUUUGAACACAAGAUGGCAGAAAACGGAGACAAAAAGUGGGCCAGUGUCAGUAAGUGGUUGUUAUAGCCGUGGUAACACUGGUCAUCUUGCCAAGCAUUGUUCGAGGAAAAUAAAGGACGAACCAGUAAAACGGAUCAUGAAAUGCCAGGUGAACCAGAUGUUAGAUGGUACAGUGAAUGAGCAGGCCCAGGAGGGAGUUGGUAAAAAGGUGCAAGUUGGAAAAUUUUUCAAAAGACCCUUUGUGAAGGUCCAGGUACAGGGGAAACAAUUCUGCGAUGCUCUGGUGGAUAGUGGAGUCGAGGUAUGUUGCAUCAGUGAAAAAUUCUUUGAUGCUUUAAAUCUAGAGCGAAUGGGCCAACUACGGAUUGUAGGAUUGGAUGGACAGAUCAUCGCACCAAGUGUGAAAGUUUGGUGUGCCAUUAUACCAAAUGCCCACAAAAAGCUACUUAUCACCCCUGAUGUAGUUGAACGUUUGAAGGGGACAGAAGAAUAUGCAGUGCCGUUGGUGAGUUUAGAAGAAGAUACAAGAAAUGCCUCGGGUAAAGUUAUUCAAAGAAGGAUAAAAACAUUUGAUGGACUAACGCAAGAAGGUAAAGGACAGAUGUUUUACGAUCCGGAGGUUGGGCUCACACAAUGGGAACCAUGGAAUCAAGAAGCUAAUAAUAAUAAUAACAUUGAUCACAUUGAAUCUGGCUGA